CUUCGGCCGCCCCUGCCGUGAAGCAUUCAGACGGGAUUAGAAUCAGCCCAGCAGCAGUUGCCUCUUCUGACGAGUGGAUGCUGCGUUUCUUCCCCGAGCCUGGCGAAGCUCCGCUUUCUGUUCCGAGUCAAUCCGCGCCAGUGACACCGUCGGAGCAGCCUCUCAUCUGGGACCUUAUCGCACACAUUUGCCCGGCUGUGUGGGACAUGCCCGGCUGCUGACGGGCUGCGGCGGGACACAAUGAGGAUUGGCCUCCGUGUUAUAUCCUGCAGGCCUGACCGCUCGGGGCUUUUAUGGCCUCAGUAUGUUAGCUAGCUAACGAAUUCUUUUAUGACCUGUAAACCUUGGGUUGUUUCGGCAUAUGCAAGCAUAUGCUAAAGGAUUUCAUGAACAGCAAACAGGAGGUUUGUCUUGGCUUAACUGGAAAAAUGCGAAAGGAAGUGCGGCGGGUAUGGUACUACCGCAUGCGUUUAGAAUACCAAGGCUGGGAAUAUUAGGCUGAAUGGGGAUGAACCCACAUCCCGUGCUGCUACUCGGAGCUUUUGUAAAAAAAAAAAAAUACGGAGACAUGACAUGCACCAGAAAAAGAGGAAACGCAGCGGUGGGCUCUUUAAACCCUUUGCUUUAUGAAGGGAGUCCGCAACAGGCUUCCGAAAAGCCCCUUUUACGAAGAUUUGGAUCGUUGACACAGUUACACCGUCAGGUGCUGCUGACUUUCUUAUUUACCACUUGUUUCCAGCUAUUCGUCUUUGUGUGAGAACAGCCAGGUGGAGCCCACACUUCAUGUGGACUGCAACAGUCUGUCAUAGUGUGGAGGACAAGCAGCCCACAGCAGGCCCCUGGAAAGGACAUAAUACACCAACAAAGGGACUGUGCUCAAAAUGGAGCGAUGUGGAUUGAAGAUUUCCUGUUCUUUGUGAACUGCGGAAAGGAAGCAACCACGAGGACGAAGGAACGGGUAGCCGACAGAGGAGGCGGGGGAGUGGUUGCUUUGGUGUUUAAAGAAACGCUGGUAUGGGUGGGGGAGCAUUCGGGAUGGCUAAUGGAAACGAGAGCAGUGAAGGGCCUGCUGGGCCCAUGGCAGCAGUAGUAGCUACCGCAGAAGGAAUGGUAACAGAGAGUCCUUCCUCGGCUGUCUCUACCUAUAUUAAACUGGUGCUACUAGGGCUGAUCAUUUGCAUCAGCCUGGUGGGCAACCUGGUGGUGUCUCUGCUCGUACUGCGGGACCGGGCCCUGCAUAAGGCACCUUACUACUUCUUGCUGGACCUUUGCCUAGCAGACACCAUUCGCUCAGCCAUCUGUUUCCCCUUUGUGCUGGUGUCUAUAAAGAACGGCUCGGCCUGGACCUACAGUGUGCUGAGCUGCAAAGUGGUGGCCUUUAUGGCAGUCCUCUUCUGCUUCCAUGCCGCCUUUAUGCUGUUCUGCAUCAGUGUAACACGCUACAUGGCCAUUGCACACCACCGCUUCUAUUCAAAGCGAAUGACAUUUUGGACAUGUGUGGCAGUGGUGUGCAUGGUGUGGACGCUGUCUGUGGCAAUGGCUUUCCCGCCAGUUUUUGACGUGGGUACCUACAAAUUUAUUCGUGAGGAGGAUCAGUGCAUCUUUGAGCAUCGCUACUUCAAGGCUAAUGAUACGCUAGGCUUCAUGCUAAUGCUGGCUGUGCUUAUUCUAGCCACACAUGUUGUCUACAUGAAGUUGCUUCUCUUUGAGUACAAGCACCGUAAGAUGAAGCCUGUCCAGAUGGUGCCGGCCAUCAGUCAGAACUGGACCUUCCACGGGCCUGGGGCUACUGGCCAAGCGGCCGCCAACUGGAUUGCGGGCUUUGGCAGGGGCCCAAUGCCGCCAACUCUGCUGGGAAUCCGGCAAAACUUGCACAACCAGAACCGGCGCCUAUUGGGCAUGGAGGAGUUCAAAGUGGAGAAACAGCUUGGCAGGAUGUUCUACGUGAUCACGCUGCUAUUCUUGGUGCUCUGGUCUCCCUACAUAGUGGCUUGCUAUUGGAGGGUGUUUGUCAAGGCUUGCACAAUACCACACAGGUACCUUUCCACCACCGUGUGGAUGAGUUUUGCCCAAGCCGGGGUCAACCCCAUUGUCUGUUUCUUCCUUAACAAAGACUUAAAGAAAGGGCUCCUUUCCCACCUACCAGCCUGCUGCAGGACUAAACCUCAUCUGCCACGAGAGCCUUAUUGUGUCAUGUAAGCAGAGAUGAUGAUCUAAGCCGGAGAAAUAACAAGGGACAGGCAACACCUGUGUUGGGGUAGUGUUUGCUUGAGCUAUUGUGGCGUUUGAUUAAAUGCAAGCUACUUGUAAGCAAUGGGUAUGAACUAGUGAGUGUAUUGGUUAAAACACUGGAAUGGUGAGCAUGUAUUUCCAACUCCCAACCCUUUUUCACUUAAACAACAGCAUACAUGGAGUUAGACCUUCUGAUAACACGAGAAUAAAUACGUAGCAAAACCAACACAUUCUCACUCCCAUUUUGUAAAAUACGGAUGCUUGGUCAGGUGCCUUUGUUGUUGUUACUGACGCUAAAAGUCCUUGGUCAGGACUAUUGGCAUCCCUUUUGACGCAGUUAGGUUAAGGAAAAGCUUGUGGGUGGGCUUACAGUUCCGUGAUCCGCGGGA